CUUGUCUGAGGCGCGAGAGAGGCAGGAGCUGAUUGAUUUGGUUGUGUGGGCUCUAUCAGACAGCGGUAACAAGCAGAUAAACCACUCACUCGACUUUUAUUUUUCAACAAACAUUGAAUUACAUCAAUUUAACUUUUGGGGGAAUUCGAGAGCACCUGCACGGAGCAUCCAGCGGUUCCUCCGUCUCCUCUCUGCCGGUUCUGGAGUCCCCAGCUGCGCAGGAGAGCUCCCCUGCGAACCGCGUCAUGGGAUACAGCUGAACCACCGCCGCUUUUCGCGUGUAGCCUAUACCUGAAGCUUUUUGUGGAUUAACAACACGUUUAAGAAAAAGAAAAACAGACUCGUUUAUUUACUCGCUUUAAGAAAAACUUCAUUCAGUCACUCGGGAUUAUAAGCCUUUGCCACGGACUCUUAUCACUUUAUUUCUAACGCACGGUUGGGGUUUUGGUGGAGAGUUGCAGGAUGGGCUCAUCCGACUGCUUCAGAUGGGCCGUUGUCAUCUUGUGUUGUUCAUCACUCACACAUGGACAUUUGGAAAGAGAGCACUCACCUAUGAUUCUGCCCUCUGACAACACCCUCAUUCUUCAUAAGGAUGGUUUGUUACAUCUCACAUGCAGAGGCCAUGGCCCACUGCAGUGGAGACUUGUUGACUCCAAUCGAUCGCUCUCAUCCGAGGAGGUGAAGGUGGAGUCGUGUGAUUCCCGACAUCACUCUCACUCACACUGCAGCAAACUGACCAUCACAAGUUUAAUAGCUAAUGACACAGGAAGGUACAACUGUGAAUACUCCAAAAAUGGUUCAGCCCACUUCACCUCGAUCUACGUGUAUGUCCAAGAUCCCGAGCAACCAUUUGUGGAGCCUCAUCCCUCAACACCUCUUGUCUUGGAAAGCUACAGGCACGAGACCAGCCUCAUACUCCCCUGCAGGACCACCUAUCCCGAUAUUGAAGUAACACUCACAGCGCUCCCGCCUUUACCAGAGAAGGUCGUUAAUGAACAAAUAUGGGAUCCGAAGGUUGGAUUCAAGAUUCCCUACGAUCCCUACAGAGAGAUCAGCAUGGUCACCUGUAAAACCAAGGUCAAUGGUCGUGACUUUAAGUCAAUAUACUUCCCUAAAAGAAUAACUCGUGUUCUUCAAAAUGUGAAGAUCACCCCAGAGCGUGUCAAAGUCUUGGUUGGAGACACCCUCAUUCUCAACUGUACUGGCAAGACCACUCAUAAUGGAAGAAUCAAAUUCACGUGGGAUUUCCCAAAGAGUAAAGAAAAUAGACAUGACACACAAUUCACCAUGGACAUGUCUACCAAGGUGUAUGUGAUGAGCAAGUCUUUAUCCUUGCCAAACAUUACCAUGGAGGAUAAAGGAGUGUACCGCUGCAGGGCUGAGCUCAACCCUACGAUUUAUAUGAACGUCACCGCUAAAGUCAUCGUCAUUGAGCAUCCAUACCUCAAUAUCUCCUAUAGACAUGAGCGGCACAGUACGAUAAGGGUCAAAGAUGGCAGGAAGAGGCUUGUGUUUGAUCCCAAGGUCCAAGCUCUGCCACCGCCAGACAUGGUAGCAUGGUUUAAGGAUGGGGUCCCUAUCAACAGGAGUUCCACCUGUUACAAGAUGUCUGGUUUCACCUUGAUCAUCGUUAAUGUGCAGCAGCAGAAUGCCGGGGUCUUCACCGUCACUCUGGGCAACCAAGCGAGGGGCUUGUCCAGGAAUCUGAGCUUCACACUGAUAGUGGAGGUGAAGCCAAUUAUUUCCGAGGCCGAGCUUGCCACUGUGGACGUGCAGCCGUACAUGAUCGGCAGACAGCACCAGUUAACCUGCACUGCUUACGGGGUGCCGCUGCCAAACAUCACAUGGUUUUGGCAACCGUGUCAACUAAACACCACGCUUAUAAAAUCCCCGGUCCACAUUGAUGACAGGGGGAAUUACUCCCACAACUGGAUUAAGAGCAUAAACGUCAAGCGUGAACUGGUAAAAGGAAAAAUCAAGAUUGUGAGUACCCUGGUGAUCGGAAACGCCAGCAUGUCAGGAAAAUACUCCUGCGUGGCCAGGAAUGAAGAGGGCCAUAGCUCAGUGACGAUCCCUUUCUACGUUGAUGAUAACCCUGAGGAAAUUGCCAUUGAACCUCGGGCAGUCGUCGAGGGGGACGACGUCAAUCUGACCUGUCGGGCAACACGUUACCUCUACACAGACCUGCAGUGGUUGGAUUCCAGAAAUGAAACGAUCACUACCAACGUGUCCAGUAUUCAGAUCGGCAACUACUCCAUCUCUCUUUCUCUCCGUCUGCACAAUGUGUCCCAAAUCAGCACUGCAGGCUACAGGUGCCAAGCAUACAAGCUCUACAAGGGGGUUCAACUCAGGGACGCUGCACUGACUGUGGAUGUGAGAAAGCGCCCCUGGCUGAGUCAAAAUCUGACUAAUCAGGAUGUGAACAGUAGCAGCACCCUGAUGCUGCCGUGCCUUGCGAUGGGAGUUCCUCGUCCGUACAUCUUGUGGUACAAAAAUGACCUUCUCGUGGAAAAAGGCCCAGGAAUCACUCUGGGAGACGAUGGGACUCUGACCAUCGAGAGGGUGAAGAAAGAUGACGAGGGUCGCUACGAGUGUGUGGCCAUCAAUGACGAGGGGUCUGCCAAAACAAGUGCUGUUGUUACUGUGUUCGGAGAUGAAGGGAAGCCAAACGUUGAGGUAAUCAUUCUGGUGUGUACGGGAGCUGCCGCUACGUUCCUCUGGCUCAUGCUCAUCCUCUUCAUCCGCAAGCUGAGGAAGCAACCACAGUAUAAGAUGGGCCCGUCCAUCAUCAUCGACCCUGACGAGUGUCCCCUGGAGGAGCAGAACGAUCUUCUUCAGUACGACAGCAGCAAAUGGGAGUUUCCCCGCGACCGACUGCGACUAGGCAAAACUCUUGGCCACGGAGCAUUUGGAAAAGUUGUGGAAGCUUCUGCCUUUGGGAUCGACAAGCUCUCCACCUGCAAGACUGUGGCUGUCAAAAUGUUGAAAGGAGGUGCUACGUCAAAUGAGCGGAAAGCUCUGAUGUCAGAGUUAAAGAUCCUGAUCCACAUCGGCCAUCACCUGAACGUGGUCAACCUGCUGGGAGCCUGCACCAAGCCCGGAGGCCCGCUGAUGAUGAUAGUGGAGUUCUGCAAAUAUGGCAACUUGUCCAACUAUUUGAGAGGCAAGAGAGAGGACUUCCUCGUCUACAAGAGGCAGGACGGUAAGGUGGUGUCGUCAGGUUCAGGCUGCGAGCUGAGCGAGAUGAUGAAGCGCCGCCUGGAGAGCGUGGCCAGCACCGGAAGCUCGGCCAGCUCUGGCUUCGUCGAAGAUAAGAGCUACUGCGACUCGGAGGAAGAGGAAGAAGAAUCUGAGGAUUUGUAUAAGAGAGUCCUGACGUUGGAAGAUUUAAUUUGCUACAGUUUCCAAGUUGCAAAAGGCAUGGAGUUCUUGGCUUCACGAAAGUGCAUCCAUCGUGAUCUGGCUGCUCGAAACAUCCUGCUUUCUGAGAAUAAUGUUGUAAAGAUUUGUGAUUUUGGACUUGCCAGAGACAUCUACAAAGACCCGGAUUAUGUUCGCAAAGGAGAUGCCAGACUGCCGCUCAAGUGGAUGGCACCUGAGGCCAUUUUUGACAAGAUCUACACGACUCAGAGUGACGUCUGGUCCUUUGGUGUUCUCAUGUGGGAGAUCUUCUCUCUGGGUGCCUCCCCGUACCCCGGCGUCCAAAUAGACGAAGAAUUUUGCUGCAGGCUGAAAGACGGGACCAGGAUGAGAGCGCCCGAAUACUCUUCCUCUGAAAUAUAUCAGACCAUGUUGGACUGCUGGCAGGGGGAGCCACAGGAGAGACCGAACUUCACUGAGCUGGUGGAGCAGCUGGGAGAUCUGCUGCAGGCCAGCGUGCAACAGGAGGGCAAACACUACAUACCCAUCAACACAGUCCUGCUGGGGAAGCUGGGAGACCCCUCCUCCACAGCGGUGUCAGAGGAGACGACCACACGACCCAUCUCCCUCCGAGACUCGGGGAGCACCUGGAACAUCAAGAUCCGUCCUGCCAGUGUGAAAACCUUCGACGAGGUCACCAUGGAGGACGGGACAAAUGAAAACCAUGAGGGCGGUCAGACGGACAGCGGGAUGGGCCUGUCGUCAGACAACAUGGAGACUCUGAAGCGCCUCGAAUCGUUGGCAGGCCGACCUCUGAGCAUCAUGGCUCUGGCGAUGAAGGCAGUGAGCAAGAGCAAAGAGUCGGUGCUGUGUGACUCGGAGAAGGAGAAGUUCCCGAGCGGGGUCACCUCUCUGGACUUCGGUCUGGACGACUCGGCCCUGGAUGUGGGUCUGGAGUGUCACAGCCCUCCGCCCGACUACAACUAUGUGGUGCGCUACUCCACCCCGCCUGUGUAGCCUCAUGCUCUGUCCCUGGAGAAUCUGAUGAACAGCCUCGAGGCAUUUGCUUUGUUCUCCUCUGGUUUGACUCUUAUCUCUGGACUGUAGCAAAGUUUGAGAGGAAAACACAUGAGAUUCUCCGGUAAAGUGUUUUGAAAGGUCGCUCUGAAAUGAAACAUGAACCUACUCGACUGUUACUUCCAACGUUCAGGGCGCCUGCUGAGCAACAAAAGGAAACCUGUAGACUGUUGAUUUCAUUCCAGUUUUCAGACACAGGCUGACAUUAAUGCUGCUGGUCCCUUCCACAUUCACUGUGAUAUGUCAAACAGCUGGAAACAGCCUCAGGUAUUUCUUUCAUCUACUGUGAAAACCAGCUACAAUCACUCCCACUUUACUGCAGAUCAGAUUAAACUACCACCUUUGAUGAUUAGGAAUAAAUCCAGAAAAGAAAAGCAGAGAGAAUAGCUGAGGUUUAUGAAGUUUUUUAUAUAUAUCUGUUUUCAUUUUAUUCAAAAAUGAAAACUGGAUUUGUAAUUUUUGAUAACGGUUAAAGAGAAAAUAUUUUUAAGAUAUGGAUACAUCUGCUCAUAUGAAGGUUAGAAAAAGUUCAGACUUGCUCAAAGCAAAAUCAGUCUUAACUUGUAUUAUUAAUUGUGAAAAGGAUUGUGUUUUGGGUGUCGUUGCUCCUUAAAUCCAAUUAAAAUCAGCUCAACUAACUCAGGAUGGCCAAUAGUGACUGUUUCGUGUUUAUAAGCUCUUGGUUAUGGGAAAUCGCAAGUUAGCGGAGGUAAAGGGAGGAAACAGGGUAGAGAGUAAAAGCAGACGGCUUCAGGAUUAGCAUAACAGCUUGACCAUGAAAUCACUUAAAUCAAGAGUUACUGUAAAUGCAGAUUCAUCCUCCUGCCCCUAUCAGGUGCUGAAGAAACUAAAAAGGUUGUUACUGUUUGGUCGAACUAAAAGAAAGUGAAGAAAAUUAGAUUUGUUUAUUUAGCUUGUGUACAGAUUGGGUUAGAAAAUGCAAUAUUAGAACAAGUGUUCAUGGUAACAUUUAUUUAUUUAGAUUGUGUACACUGUCACUUAGUUAUUUAGUUCUGUUUGUUUAUUUAGAUUUAUAAUUCAUGAGUCAACCAAAGGAUUUUUUAAGCCCAGUCUUCCUCAUAUCAACAUGUAAUAUCCCAACACUUCACUCCAGAUGUAUAUGUUGUUUGUGCUGCUGUAUUCACUUAAAGUAAAGCUAAGGGAAACAUGUAAGUGUAUUUUAUCCGUCCUUUGUUUUGUGCUACGUGUUAGUAAAGCUUGCAGGGCAGGCUACACAAACUCUACAUGUAUGUGAAGUGAGCACCAGUUUGCUCGGAUUCACAGUUAUUGUUUGUUAUCUUGUCAAAUCGAGUGUUUUGUUUGUAUUACCCGAUGUGUUGAAAGUACUGUGGUCCAAACUUAGCUUACACACCCUGUAGAAAUGUGGCUAGCUUGUGCUUGUUGACCACAAAAUAAACUGUAUUUGCCAGUAAGUAAACUGAAGUAUAAAUUGGAUAUUUUGAACCCCUGUGUACUUCAAAAUUAUAAUUAGUUUGUCUAUAUGGAGAGGAAGUAAUUAUGCACUGAUACUUUAUAUCAAGUAUAAUUUUUGUAUUCUUAAAGUAUAUUAUUAUGAAACAGUAUUGAGGGUCACGUUACAAAGAUUUCCGAUUUAUUUUGUUUUUAUUUAACUCUUAACUCUAGUAGGAAAUUAACAUUUGCAGUAUUUGCUAUAUUAUGUUUGCAUUUAAUGUCAUCCUAAAAUGUCAAACCUCUUUCUAUUAUUUUAGUUUCUGCUAUCACAAUAACAUUCAAUAGAUUAUAUUGCAUUUCUUUAUACAUAUCCAUGAGUAAGAAGACCUCCUAGCUUUGUCUGUUUUGUUCAUGUAGUCUCACAAGUUGUUUUUGUGAAAGUAAUGCUUCCCAACACUGUUAUCUGAGUAUAUGAAUAAAUGAAUAAAGAUUAUAUAUUUAUACGUUA